AACUUUUCUCUCACCCUUGACCGUAAAAAACGUCCCCUGGGAUUCCCCUCUCAACGCCUGCCACACUCACAGCACAACAAAAUGGGAAGCCCCGAAAGCAGCAGCUUCCCAAACCAGAUCUACUGCGUGGGGGAGGAGGUCGAAGUGAGCAGCGACGAGCCAGGGUUCAAGGGUUCCUGGUACGUGGCCACCAUCAUCGAGCCGCCCAUACCCAAGAAGUACACGAGGGCUAGGGUCGAGUACCGGACCUUGCUCACCGAAGAUGGGUCCGAGCCGCUGAAGGAAUACGUCGACGAGGGCUACGUAAGGCCCAAGCCUCCGCGAGAAGAGUUUUCAGCCCAGGAUUUGGAGCUCGGCGGGGUUGUUGGUGCGUAUUGCAGGGACGGGUGGUGGACUGGUGUGGUUGUGAAGGUUCUGGGAGACUCGAGGUACAGGGUUUACUUCAAGAACCCACCGGAUGUGAUUGAGUUUGAGCGAAAGGAUUUGAGGGUGCACCAAGAGUGGCUCAAUGGGGAGUGGGUUCGGCCUGACAAGCGGCAAAAGACAGGGUCCAAUUUUAGCACAGGAAUGGAUGUAGAAGUGAAUGUACAAGAAGAAAAUUUACGGGAUGCUUGGUUCCCUGCAAUUGUCAUUAAAGAAAACAAGGAUAAUACAUUUUGGGUGAAGUAUCAGAGCUCAAGAAAUGGUGAUGAGGCUGAGCUUGGGAAGGUUAAUGUAGAUUUGCUCCAUAUUCGGCCUUCUCCUCCACCUCCUCGCACAGACAUAAAAUAUAAUGUGUUGGAAAAAGUGGAAGCAUUUUAUCAAUUUGCUUGGCGGGCAGGCGUGAUUGCCAGAUGUGUUACUGAUACAAAGUAUCUUGUCUAUUUCAAGCAAACAAAUGAGGAUAGGGUAUUCAAUCAGUCAACAUUAAGGCCUCGUAUGCAAUGGAAAGAUGAGGAAUGGGUUAGUGGAUCUCAGGAAUUAAUAGUCACUUCAGAUUUUCAAGAACAAAUGAGGCACCCUUGUAACAAUGCCAGUAACCCUGAGGUAACUGUUCAAGUUGAAAGUUAUGUUGUUGCAAGAGAUGACAUGGACGAGAGUAAACCUCUUUCUACAAAUUCUCUGAAGAAUUUGAUGGAGCAGCCAAGUCCUAAUGAUGGAAAAGUAGUUACUCGUGCUUUGGCACCAAGCACGAGGAAAAUAAAACUGCGCAACCUCAAGGAUAAUGCUACACAAAUACAUCCUUCAAAAAAGUUGAAAACAAUGAUUACCUCAGAGGCCCUAUUAUCCGCUACAACUUGUCAGUUAAGGAAGAAGCGAAGCAAAAUAUCAAGAAAACUACUAUCUAGAUCGGCUUUGCCAAAAAGUGGAGGUAAACAACAGAGACACUCGGGGGUCCUUGGCAAUCAACCUUUUAGUACAACUGAGAGCCCUAUUCGCAAAGUGAAAGUUUGGAAACAAGAGGAGUUUGGUAAAUUGGACAGUAAUGAAUCAAGUCCAGUAAAUAAGAGGGGAAGACGUCCAAAGUCACUGGUUAAAAGCCCCCCGCCUUCAGCAGCAGGUGGUGGCACUGCAGAAGAAAUUGUUCUGGAGGGUAUUAGGAAAGAAGCUGAAAUGCCUAUCAUCUUGGGGUUGGAAGCUAAGGUAAUGGGACGUUCACACUCUGGAAAUUUUUGUCAGCUUUCAGAUCAGAAAGAUACAAAUCAUCCAGCAGAAGAUAGGUCCAUCGAAAUAGAUCAACAGAAAUCUGAGGGAAACAGUAUUAAAAGAAAGAGAGGAAGGCCCCGUAAAUUUGUUGUCACAAGCUCAAAAGCUUCAGAUGGAGGUAAGGAGCAGAAUGGGGUUGAAGGCACUGAAAUUGUUGUAGAAGAUCAUCCAACUCAAGCAGUUGCUUCAUAUAUGCUUACUGGGGGGAAAUCUGCAGACUCUUAUGACGUCUCAAGAAUACAAUUAGCUGAAGUUUCUGCGACAAAUUCCACGACAGAUGAUAUUGGUAUGACAAGCAUUGCAGCGGUCGGCAAUAUGGACGUUGAUGACCAACCUCUAGCCACAUGGAUUGGUGGAAUGUUGCAGUGCCCAACAAGUGCCAAAGAGUCAAAACUAUCACCUGGUAGGACCGUUGAUGAAUGCAAUGAAGCAAGAAAACAGCAACCUGAUAUUGUGCAAGUUCCUGAAACUGUUGCCACAGGUGACUCGGCGUUGGAUGAGAAUAGAAGAUUGCCAUUUGAGAAGACCUCGCCACUCUGGAAGACAAUUGAAUCUAUGGAAAUAUUCAGAAUAAUGCCUCAAGAUCCACACUUUCUUCCUUUGAGUAAAUGUAGCGAGGUUUAUCGUGAGGGAUUGGCUAUUGGUAAUAUGGUAGCCUUUUCCAGUUUGGUUGAGAAAAUACCCAAGUUGCAACUUGAUGAUCCUAGAAGCAUUUUUGCUACCUAUAUGGAGAGUCUUCUUGACUUGGAAAAGCUUGGAUUUGAUGUUACUGUUUUCCGAGGUCGUAUUAAUGAAAUGCUAUCAAUUAUAGAUACGCAAGGGCAGAUUCUGAACGAGUCGAAAGAUGCUGAGGGCAAGAUAUUGCGUUGUAGUCGUGAGAAAACAAAAAUGGCUGAAGAGAUGGUCAAUAUUGAGAAGCAGAUAGCUGAGUUACAAGAAAAACAUGCAUUAAUCAAGUCGGAAAAGGAGAGUAAAGAACAUGAAAUUAACAUCUUGCAGGUGCGUGUGAAUGAAAUCAAUGAAGACAUUCAGAGCGCCCGGCUUGGUUUUGAAAAGCUUGCUGCUGCACCUUGGAAAUCGGUAUGAUGCCGGCGCUCUUAAUGGUUUCCUCUCUCUCUGGGCAUUCCCUCAGUGUUCAUGACCCCUGGAGGCGCUGUGCAACUGAUCAUAGAAGAAGUUCAACUUAUAACAUUAGAGUAGUGUUCAUAGAAGUUGGUAUUUCUGACAUCUUAUGAGGGCUUUCUAUUAGUCCUUUCUGUUUUUAUAUCUAGUCUUAAGAUAUAAUCUUUUGAUGGCUGGUUAACGGUAUUUGCUCAUGACUUUUCUUAUCUAAUCUUUUGAAUGUAUCAUGGUUAGUGAUUGAUAUUAUAAUGGCUCUUCGCUUCCA